ACCAGCACGGCGGGUGCGUUGUCUGAGGCGAAGAGGCUGAGGAAGGGGGGAAGCUACGCGUCGCCGGGUCUUUUCCCCACCGAGUUCUCCACCGAGCUUUGAGCCGCCGACGGUGCACCCCAGAGGAGGACCUGUCCCCGCUUCCCGCUCCUCCAGCCGCUUCGGAAGGGGAGCGGGCGUUCGCCCCAGCGUCCGGGCGCCAGACCUCGAGAAGCCGAGGCAGGAUGGAGUUCAAGCUGGAGGCUCACCGCAUCGUCAGCAUCUCCCUGGGCAAGAUCUACAACUCGCGGGUCCAGCGCGGCGGCAUCAAGCUGCACAAGAACCUCCUGGUGUCGUUGGUGCUGCGCAGCGCCCGCCAAGUCUACCUGAGCGACCCGUGCCCUGGUCUCUACCUUGCCGGCCCUGCGGGGACCCCGCCGCCCCAGCAGCCGGGAGAGCCGGUAGCCGGGCCACCCUCGGGCUGGGGAGAGCCGCCCCCGCCGGUGGCCCGCGCCGCCUGGCCGGAGCCCGAGGCGCAGCCUCAGCGCCCCUCCGCCUGCCACACGCCGGCAGCGGGGAGCUCGGAGCCGAUCGCCGCGGCGGCCGGGGCUGGGGACGCUCCCCGGGGCGGAGACGAGGACUCGGCGGCGGCCGCCUGGGGCCGCGGGGGGCGUCCGCGCGCGCCGGCUUCCGGAGGCGGCCCGGGCGCGUGCCCCGAAGGUCCCCGGGCGGUGCGCCGCCCGUGCGGCUGCGCCCCGGGCCGGGAGGAGCGGCCGUCCUCCGGGGACGGCUCCCCCGCGCCACCCGCCCCGUGUCCCAGGAAGCGUGGCGCGGCGGGAGUGGGUGGCGGCCGCGGGAGCUGUUCGGCCCCGGGCUCGACCCCGCUCAAGAAACCGCGCCGGAACUCGGAGGAGCAGCCGGCCGCCGGGGAGGAGGGCGCCGACGAGGAGAUGGAGACCGGGAACGUGGCGAACCUCAUCAGCAUCUUCGGGUCUAGCUUCUCGGGACUCUUGCGGAAGAGCCCUGCGGGCAGCCGGGAGGAGGAGGAGGCGGAGGAGGGCGGCCCGGAAGCCUCCGAGCCCGGGCAGAUCUGCUGCGACAAGCCGGUGCUGAGAGACAUGAACCCCUGGAGCACAGCCAUCGUGGCCUUCUGAGCGGCCCCCGGGGCCCCGAGCGGCUGGAGCUUGAGCAGCCGGAGUCCCCGAAGUGCGGCCGGGCCCUUUCCCCGGCCGCGAGGACGAGCCGGGACCGUAGGCGCUGGGCGCGUAGGGCAGACUGGUUGCUGCCGGGCAGCACUUCGCCCCGGAAGGGGCAGCCCGGCUGGGCCGUGGCUCUCGAGUCUCAUCCAGAGACCUAGAGUUGGAGGCUUAACGGAAGGGGACGAUCGAUCGUUAACUUUGAUAUCUGUGUGUGUCCGUGUGUAGGUUUGUCUUGUGUCGAGACUGUUGUGAGGUUCUGGAAUGCACCGCCCCUUCCCCGGGGCUUGAGACUUUGGGGGUGCAGACAGGGACUUUCCUCUGCCAGCAGCUCAGAAAAGGAAGCUGCUGAAAGGCUCGAGGCAGGGGAGUUCCCCGUUCGUACUUGGGGGAGAGAGGGACUUUACACACACCUCUCUCUCAUGAAAGCUAGAACCGCACGGGGCGCAGCGUGGCGUUUCCUCACAGGGUUUCCUCAGACUAGAGGGAGUUCGUCUGGAGCAGAGACUUGUAUUAUUUUUCUCCCUCCCCACCUUGCUCUGGCACAGAAGAAGCGCUUCUACCCUGUGAUUACUCUGGGAAAGCUGAACAUUAAGGGACCUUCAAUUCCCCACAGGGGAAAAAGCUUGCUGAACUGAACAGAAGAGUUCAAGCUUGGAAAUACGGAGUUUAUAGAGAAAAGAUAUAUUUUUAAAAGCUCUAGCUCAGAACUUACUACACAGUGCUUUUAAAAAGUGUUUAAUGAAACAAAGUUUACAGACGAGCUCUAAGUGGAAGGACCUUAUGGUUUUGUAGAUACGGUGACUCCAGUCUUUGUUGUAUAAAGGUUGGGGGAGCUGAUAAGGUUUUUGUACAGUAUUUUCUCCUCCUCUGUAUUGAUUUUUGUAUAAAAAUGUAACAUUACGUGUCUAACACGUAUUAAAUAUUUUGAAGCAA